GGGAAGGCUACUGGAAGAAAAGCACCGUUGUGGCUAAGAGCGAAGUUUCAGAGACUAUUAUUUAAACUGGGCUGUUACAUUCAAAAAAACUGCGGAAAGUUUUUGGUUGUUGGCCUCCUGAUAUUUGGGGCUUUCGCUGUAGGAUUAAGGGCAGCUAAUCUCGAAACCAACGUGGAGGAGCUCUGGGUAGAAGUUGGUGGACGAGUGAGUCGGGAGUUAAAUUACACACGCCAGAAGAUUGGAGAAGAGGCCAUGUUUAAUCCCCAGCUCAUGAUUCAGACACCACAAGAAGAUGGUGCUAAUGUACUAACAACAGAAGCACUCAGACAGCACCUUGACUCUGCACUUCAAGCCAGCAGAGUACACGUUUAUAUGUACAACAGACAAUGGAAAUUGGAACAUUUAUGUUUUAAAUCAGGAGAACUUAUCACAGAAGCAGGGUACAUGGACCAGAUUAUAGAAUAUCUUUAUCCUUGUUUAAUCAUCACACCUUUGGACUGCUUCUGGGAGGGGGCAAAGUUACAGGCAGGGACUGCCUAUCUAUUAGGGAAACCUCCUUUGCAGUGGAUAAACUUUGACCCCUUAGAAUUCUUGGAAGAGUUAAAAAAAAUAAACUAUCAAGUAGAGAGCUGGGAGGAGAUGCUGAAUAAAGCAGAGGUUGGUCAUGGUUAUAUGGAUCGACCUUGCCUGAAUCCUACUGAUCCUGAUUGUCCAGUCACAGCCCCCAACAAAAAUUCAACCAAACCUCUUGAUGUGGCCCUUGUUUUGAGUGGUGGAUGCUACGGACUGUCAAAAAAGUACAUGCACUGGCAGGAGGAGUUGAUUGUAGGUGGGACAGUCAAGAAUGGUACUGGAAAACUUGUCAGUGCUCAGGCUUUACAGACCAUGUUUCAGUUAAUGACUCCUAAGCAAAUGUAUGAACACUUCAAGGGGUAUGAGUAUGUUUCACACAUCAACUGGAAUGAAGACAAGGCAGCUGCAAUUCUGGAAGCCUGGCAGAGGAUGUAUGUUGAGGUCGUUCAUCAAAGUGUUGCACAAAACUCUACUCAGAAGGUGCUUUCCUUUACUACAACUACUCUGGAUGACAUCCUAAAAUCAUUUUCUGACGUCAGUGUUAUCAGAGUUGCUAGCGGCUACUUAUUAAUGCUUGCCUAUGCCUGUUUAACCAUGCUGCGGUGGGACUGUGCCAAGUCCCAGGGUGCCGUGGGGCUGGCAGGAGUCUUGUUGGUUGCACUCUCAGUGGCUGCAGGAUUGGGCCUGUGCUCAUUGAUUGGAAUUUCCUUUAAUGCUGCCACAACUCAGGUUUUGCCUUUUCUUGCUCUUGGAGUUGGAGUAGAUGAUGUUUUCCUUUUGGCACAUGCAUUUAGUGAAACAGGGCAGAAUAAGAGAAUUCCAUUUGAGGAUAGAACAGGUGAAUGUUUGAAGCGAACAGGAGCAAGCGUCGCCCUUACAUCUAUCAGCAAUGUUACUGCCUUCUUUAUGGCUGCCUUAAUUCCUAUUCCUGCUUUACGGGCAUUUUCACUCCAAGCUGCUGUUGUUGUCGUAUUCAACUUUGCCAUGGUUCUGCUAAUUUUUCCUGCUAUUCUAAGCAUGGACCUUUACCGUCGGGAGGACAGGAGAUUGGAUAUAUUCUGCUGCUUUACAAGUCCAUGUACUAGCAGAGUGAUUCAGAUUGAGCCUCAAGCAUAUGCAGAUAAUGAUAACACUCGCUACAGCCCUCCACCACCCUACAGCAGUCACAGUUUUGCACACGAAACUCAGAUUACAAUGCAAUCUACAGUGCAGCUGCGCACAGAAUAUGACCCUCAUACCCAUGUGUACUACACCACAGCAGAGCCCCGCUCAGAAAUAUCUGUGCAGCCAGUCACAGUGACACAGGAUAACCUCAGCUGCCAGAGCCCAGAAAGCACAAGCUCGACGAGGGAUUUGCUUUCCCAGUUUUCAGACUCAAAUAUGCAUUGUCUUGAGCCACCCUGUACUAAAUGGACGCUCUCAUCUUUUGCCGAAAAGCAUUACGCUCCAUUCCUGCUAAAACCAAAAGCCAAGGUUGUGGUUAUUUUCCUUUUCCUGGGUUUACUUGGUGUCAGUCUUUACGGUACUACCCGGGUGAGAGAUGGACUGGAUCUCACAGACAUUGUACCACGGGAAACCCGAGAAUAUGACUUUAUUGCUGCACAAUUCAAGUACUUCUCCUUCUACAACAUGUAUAUAGUGACACAGAAAGCAGACUACCCCAACAUCCAGCACUUACUUUAUGACCUUCACAAAAGUUUCAGCAAUGUUACAUAUGUUUUGUUGGAGGAAAAUAAGCAGCUUCCCAAAAUGUGGUUGCACUACUUUCGAGACUGGCUGCAAGGUCUUCAAGAUGCAUUUGACAGUGACUGGGAAACUGGGAAAAUCACAUAUAACAAUUAUAAAAAUGGAUCUGAUGAUGCUGUUCUGGCCUACAAACUUCUGGUGCAAACAGGCAACCGCGAUAAGCCCAUCGACAUCAGUCAGUUGACUAAACAGCGUCUGGUGGAUGCAGAUGGAAUCAUUAACCCAAAUGCUUUCUACAUCUACCUGACAGCCUGGGUUAGCAAUGACCCCGUGGCCUACGCUGCCUCUCAAGCCAACAUCCGGCCUCACCGUCCAGAAUGGGUCCAUGACAAGGCAGACUAUAUGCCAGAAACAAGGCUGAGAAUUCCAGCAGCUGAGCCCAUUGAAUAUGCUCAGUUUCCUUUCUACCUCAAUGGAUUGCGUGAAACUGCUGAUUUUGUGGAAGCUAUUGAGAAAGUGAGAGCUAUCUGUAACAACUACACCAGCCUUGGGGUCCCCAGCUACCCAAAUGGAUACCCAUUUCUUUUUUGGGAACAGUACAUUGGGCUUCGUCACUGGCUUCUCUUGUCUAUUAGCGUGGUUCUGGCUUGCACAUUUUUGGUGUGUGCCCUCUUUCUCCUGAACCCCUGGACGGCUGGGAUCAUUGUGGUGGUGCUGGCUCUGAUGACCGUCGAGCUGUUUGGAAUGAUGGGUCUAAUUGGAAUAAAGCUGAGUGCAGUGCCUGUGGUCAUCCUGAUUGCUUCUGUUGGCAUAGGAGUGGAAUUCACUGUUCAUGUUGCUUUGGCAUUUUUAACUGCCAUAGGAGACAAGAACCGCAGGGCUGUCCUUGCAUUGGAACACAUGUUUGCACCAGUAUUGGAUGGAGCUGUAUCUACUCUGCUUGGCGUGUUAAUGCUUGCAGGGUCCGAGUUUGAUUUUAUUGUCAGGUAUUUCUUUGCCGUUUUGGCUAUUUUAACCAUUCUGGGAGUUUUAAAUGGAUUGGUGCUGCUUCCAGUUCUUCUUUCAUUCUUUGGACCAUAUCCUGAGGUUUCUCCAGCUAACGGACGGAACAGAUUGCCUACUCCAUCUCCUGAGCCUGCCCCUGGCAUCGUGAGGUUUGCACUGCCACCUGGACACACAAAUAAUGGAUCAGAUUCAUCUGAUUCUGAGUACAGUUCUCAGACUACAGUGUCAGGAAUCAGUGAGGAACUCCAUCAGUACGAGGCCACUCAGAGUUCUGGUGCACCAGUCCACCAAGUAAUAGUGGAAGCAACUGAGAAUCCUGUCUUUGCCAGAUCUACUGUGGUUCAGCCAGAGACAAGAUGUCAUCAGCCAAGUCCAAAAUUACAGUCUAACCCAGAAGCCGGGUCCCAGCAGACAUGGCAUCAUAACAGGCAACCUAGACGAGAACUGAGGGAAGGACUACGACCGCCCCCUUACAGGCCGCGCAGGGACGCUUUUGAAAUUUCUACUGAAGGGCAUUCUGGACCUAGUAAUAGGGACCGCUCGGGCCAGAGGGCUCGCUCUCAUAACAUUAGAAACCCAGCAUUCACUGCCAUGGGUACUUCAGUGCCAGCAUACUGCCAGCCUAUCACUACUGUGACUGCCUCCGCUUCAGUUACUGUUGCUGUACACCCUGCUGUGCACAGCCAUAACUCUCAUGGAGGAGGCUUUCCAUCUUACGAAGGAUACCAUGAAACUGACCAUGGAACAUUUGAGGACCCCCAUGUGCCUUUUAAUGUACGGUGUGAGAGGAGAAACUCUAAAGUAGAAGUAAUAGAACUGCAAGAUGUUGAAUGUGAAGAAAGGACAAAUGGCAACAGCUCAGAUUAAGGAUAACAACUGAAGCAAAGAAGAGGCCAAAGAUGGGGAAACCACCUCUUUCCAGAACUGCUUGAAGAGAACUGCUUGAAGUUAUGGAAAAGGACAUGCUGCAUCAGGAUAACAGUUCACUGUUACUGUAACCUAUUGUAUUAUGUUGUUAAAUAUUUUUAUAAAUAUUUAAAAGGUGUACACAUAUGUAAUAUACAAAGGAACAAUGUAAAGUAGUAUAAUCUGGAGCUAACUCUUGUUAAUAGAGUGGGACAAUAUUGUUUGUGUUCUGUACUUAUUGUACAUUGAUCUCUGUGCCACAACUAAGCUUAAUCUAGUCCUAAAUUUCAGCAUAUGUUGCUGCUGCUUAAAUAUUGUAUAAUUUACUUGUAUAAUUCUAUGCAAAUAUUGCUUAUGUAAUAGGUUUUUUUGUAAAGGUAUGUGUUUAAAAUAUUUUAAAAUUUGCAUUUCACAACCCUGUGGUAGUAUGAAAUGUUACUGUUAACUUUCAAACACGCUAUGCGUGAUAAUUUUUUUUUAAAUGAGCAGAUAAUGAAGAAAAGCACGUUAAUCUUGGUGGUUUAAGUAGGUUUAGCUAUGUGCAGGUUUUGUUUUGCUGUGUGCAUGUGUGUGUAUGUAUGUUCCCAGAGUACUGUAGUGUAAUUUUUUUACUGUAUGUUAACCCUUAGUGGGCUCAUUAACUCACUGAUGCUGGCAGAGUCAGGAUUUUCCUAUUGCGAAGUGCCAGUGAAAAAUGCCUUGGCACUUAGCAACAGAAUCUCCAAACUGCUAUUGUCAAAGGAAUGAUUAAAAUAGAAGAGAGGACAGCAGGUCAGGGCAUAUGGAGUCUAUUACUAAAUCUUCCACUGACUUGCUGUGUGUGACUUUGGGCAAGUCACUUAACCUCCUCAUGCCUCAGUUUCCACAUCUGUAAAAUGGGUAUAAUAAUACUUACCUACCUCCUAGGGGUGUUGUGAGGCUUAAUUACUGUUUGGAAGGUGCUUUGAUAUCCUUUGUGAAAGGUGUCAUGUAAGUGCAAAACAUAAUCAUUUUCCUUAACUGCAAAGGGUGUUGGGUAUUGAAAGUUGCUAAAAUCCAGUUAGCAUAUGCCUUUGUAUGUACUGAUGCCAUAUUUUGAUAUCGAUAUUGUAAAACAGAGUGGUACUGGAAUAAUUUGGUUGUUUAUUACAGUAACAGCACAGUUCAAAACAAUCUGGCAUCCCUCAUCACUUUAUUUAAAUGACAGAAAGCAAGUUAAUAUAAAGUGACAAAAAUUACAUUUUUUAAAAUUAUUUUCUUCAUCUAUUUUCACUUCUUAUUUUACUGAUCUGCUUGAUCCAGGACUAUAAUGAUUGACACCUAAGGCCUGAGGUGAUUUUCCCCCAUCCCCUCUAAGGUAACUCUUACUGCAUUAGUAUUUUUAAUUAAAAUAGCUAAACUGUACUGGGAGCCCUUCAUUAAUCUGAUUUAGCUUCUUUUCUUUUAAAGUUAAAAUUGAAUGUUUACAUAUAUAUACAAAUAUUCAGUUUAGAAAACACAAGAUCUGUGUUUCUAAAUACAAUUGGCCACUCCAGGCCAGGCAUUGUUUGAUUGGAAUUUGUACUUCUCCAGUGGCUGAAAGGGUCUUUUCCUGCAGGCCUCCCCAGCAGAGUGGAGGAGUAUGACUAUCAUGCACAAAUUGUCAUGCCUUUUUUGGUCCCUUGAAAACACUUUGACGUGAGGCACUUGUUUAGAGUUAUCCAAUGUGAACACUAAAAGAACAGCUGAUGAGCCUGGCAUUGUCCUGGUGGUACAUAAACUACUGUUUAGAUGCACACUAAGGGUUAAUCCGGUAACUGCCUACUGGUCCAGCUCACUGUCUAACAUGAAAACUCUUAAUGACAAAAAGACAACAGGCCCCAAUUUAGCACUAGCAGUGUAGUGACCUCAGAUCAUAAAAACUCUGCAACAAAACUGUAUGAUACUAAUUGGAAGCUACCUUCAACUGCCAAGUGUACAUGUUACUGUGUCAGAGGUCACUAUGGCUUCCCACUGAUAUUGCUUUGGUAUCAGUCAGUCACUCCCCCACCCCCACUUUUUUUUUGGGGGGGGGGGGUAGAUGGUGAGAGGGAGGGAGCAAGGAAGUGUUUUGAUGCCUCAUCUCUUCUCCCCUUGCCCCCCAAUUCCUUAUUCUGUGUGUUUGUGUGUGGGUGAGCUGUCUGCUUUCUGCACAAUUUAGACCUUUUCUCCUAUAGUCACAUUGGCAAAGGGAGAACUCAGUGGCUGGCAACUUUGUGUUUUAUGGUUUGUUUUUUAACUUUUUUUAAUCGUGGGUGAUAUUUAUAUUUUUGUAUCAUAAGAAUGUUUUCUUACAGUAUUUGUCAUGCCAGUUUAUAACAAACAAAAAUGCAGGGAUUUUAUUUCUAUUGGAAACACUAUUACAGCUAUGUUUUUACUUUUAAUGGAAUUUUUAUUUGUAUAGAGUGCUUACUAAUGUUAAAUAGGAAAGAGUAUAUAACAUUUACAUUAAGGACUCAUUGUAGGUUUUAGUGUAAGGAGUAAAAAGGAAAAAAAUAUUCAAACUGGGUCUCAUUGCCUGCCUAUUUUGGCAGGAGUGGGUUUGUGUCAUUUCAGUUACAAAGAUAAAAGUAUGCCAUAUAAUUUAUUUAUAUGAAAAUUUAUUUUUGUAGUGUACAUAAUAGUCAUCAAGUCUUUUGACAGAAGUAUAUUUUUAAAGAGUUUAUAUGUAAUGAUGAUACCAUUAUGUUUUGGAACAUUGCUGAGACAUGAUUACAGUGCACACUUUUCAUUUUAAACCCCAUUGCGGAAAAAGAAAAUGUUUAACAGUGUUGAGAAAGAAAGAGAGUGUGAAUAUUCAUACAAUUCUGAAUUGUGUUUUAGUUACCAUUUGUGAUCUAGUGUGGUUCUCAUUUUAAACCUGGAGUGGCAAUUGUACAAACUCUCUAAAUAUUAAUGUUCAAACACUGAUAGAAAUUCUAACAUGAAUAAAAAAUAUUAUAACUUAUUGAUUACGUA